CCAACCGAAGGCGGCUCUCGUCUGCCCUAGUGCCCUCACCUUCGCUCACCCUUCGAAAUCUCGUCCAACUUCGCGGAAUCAUGCCUCAGCUAUCGCCUCUCGGCCUACUAAAUGGGGGAGGUAACUGUACUGGAGGUGCGGGGAUCCGAUAAGAAGGAAGGCCGGAGCCAAUCGAGCCGCCCAUUUCUCGUACCGUACAUCGGAGGGAUCUCUCGUUCAAAAUUGCUUUCCCACUCCGCGGAAGGAUCUUUACAGCAAAAGUUCAUUUCACUUCCCCUCUAAGCCAAAAAGAGGGAGGAGACCUCUGAGUCCAAUAUUCGGUCUCCGCGCUACCGAGUUUUUCCUCCGCUGCUCUCCGAUUUAGGGUUUCCGUCGACGAGAUGGCGAGCCCAUGGCCGAGGGCCUCGCCGCUGGCCGUCGCCGCCACCCGAUCGCCGGCUCCGCGAGUUGCCGGUGCUUCCCCUCCGGCCAACGGUGGGACCCCGCUGGGGGACGACGCUAUCUGGAAGCGUCUCCGGGAGGCGGGGUUCGAUGAGGAGUCGGUGAAGAGGAGGGACAAGGCCGCCCUCAUUGCUUACAUCUCCAAGCUCGAAUCCGAGGUAUAUGACUAUCAACAUCACAUGGGACUUCUUAUAUUGGAGAGGAAGGAAUGGACAUCAAAAUAUGAACAAGUUAAAAUAUCUGCUGAGUCUGCUGAGGUUGUAUAUAAGCGCGAGAAAGCAGCACAAUUAUCUGCUUUAGCUGAAGCAAGGCAACGAGAAGAGAGCCUAAAGAAAGCUUUAGGCAUUGAGAAAGAAUGUGUAGCAAAUAUUGAGAAGGCCUUGCAUGAUAUGCGUGCUGAAUCUGUGGAAACAAAGCUUGCAUAUGAAAACAAACUGGCUGAGGCUCGUCAAAUGAUGGAAGCUGCGGAACGGAAAUUUGAUGAGGCAGAAAGAAAGCUGCUUGCUGCAGAAUCUUUGCAUGCAGAGGCCAGCCGGAGCCGUAAUGCUGCAUUAAGAAACUUACAGGACGUUGAAGCACGUGAAGAUGAACUUAGGAGGGAUCGUAUUUCUUUUAAGUCUGAAUGUGAUGCGAAGGAACAAGAAAUCAACAGUGAAAGGCAGUCUCUAUACGAUAGGCAGAAAAUUCUGAAUGAGGAGCAAGAGAGGUUGAUAGCAGCACAGACCUUAUUAAAUCAGAGGGAGGAAUAUAUCUUUGAAAGAUCGAAAGAUUUAAGCUGCUUUGAAAAAGAAUUGGAAGAAGCAAGAAGAAAUCUUGAAGAAAAACAUAAAGCUCUGAAGGAAGAAAACUCCAAUUUGGAUCUAAAAAUAGCUGGUCUUGCAACUAGGGAGGAGUCUGUGAUCAAGAGGGAAUCUUUGCUUGAUAAAAGAGAGCGUGAUUUGCUAAUUUUACAAGAAAAGGUUGCCUGCAAAGAACAUGAUGAGAUACAAAGACUUAUGGAUGAACAUCAGUCUGCUCUGGAAAGGAAGCGGAGUGAAUUUGAAGCCGAAUUGGAACAGAGGCGCAUGAUGUUAGAGGAUGAGAUGGAGGCCAAACGAACGGCUAAUGAGGCUAAGGUGGCUGAUCUCAGUAACAGAGAAAAUGCUAUUCAGGAAAGAGAACAUGCUAUCAAGCUUGAGUUGAGUGCAUUAGCAGAAAAGGAAGAGGAUGUAGUGAAAAAAUUGAAAUUACUGGAGGAGAGAGAACAAAAUCUACAUUCUACCCAAACAGCAGCAGAAAUCGAGAUGCAAAACAUGCAGAAUGAAAGAGGGGAGAUGCUGAAGUUGAAACAAAGCCUUGAGAAUGCUAAAUCUUCCCUGGAAGAUGAGAAGAAAGAAAUCCAGUGUGCACAAGAGAAACUAGAGCUCACUUUAGCUGAGAGAAAUGAAUUGCUUGUUCUGGAAGGAAAACUUAAAGAAGAAAUUGAUAAUCUUAGAGCCCAAAAGAUGGAACUUAUAGCUGAAGCUGAUAAAUUGAAGGCAGAAAAGGAGAAUUUUGAGAUUGAGUGGGAGCUAAUUGAUGAAAAAAGAGAAGAGUUACGAAAAGAAGCAGAACGGGUUGCUGAAGAGAGAAAAACAGUGGACCAGUACCUUAAAACUGAACAUGAUAUCAUUAAAUUGGAGAAGGAAAAUUUGCGUAAUCAGUUCAAGAGUGAUGCUGAGUCCUUGGCUCGUGAGCGGGAGGAAUUCUUAAGCAAGAUGGAGCGUGAGCAUUCAGAUUGGUUCAGCAAGAUUCAGCAAGAAAGAGAGGAUUUUGUGAGAGACAUUAUGAUUCAGAAGAAGGAAUUAGAAAAUUGUAUGGAUAAAAGACGAGAAGAAAUUGAAACUUAUUUAAGAGAAAAGGAGGAAGCAUUUGAUCAAGAAAAGGCCAGAGAACUCCAGCAUAUAAAUUCUCAAAAGGAAUUGAUUGUGAAGGAGUUGGAACAUGUUGCAUCUGAGAUGCAAAAGCUUAAUGAUGAGCGAAUGGAGAUUGCUCUGGACCGUGAGAAGAGAGAAAAAGAGUGUUCUGAGAUAAAGAGCUCCAUCGAAGCACUCAAUAUUCAACGGGAGAAGCUACAGAAGCAAAGGGAAUUGUUGCAUUCAGAUAGAGAAAAAAUUUAUCAAGAGAUUCAACGUCUUAAAAAAUUGGAACAUUUGGACAUUGAAUCUGAAAAUAGGGCUCUAUCUGAGACACCUAAUAAAUGGAAGGUUUCUUUGAAAACAAACACAAAUGCUGAUGUUGCACAUGAUAUUGAUGAUCCAAUUGAACAGAAGAUCACUGUUAAUGAUGGUUCUAAUUGGAAGUUGCCUUCUGAGAAGACCUCCCAUGCUUCACCUCGAACAUCCACUACUCUAUCCUGGGUCAGGAAAUGUGCCGAGGUGAUAUUCAAGCAUUCUCUAGAAAGAAAUAUAGAACACGCUGAAUGCAAAAACUCAGCCAAGUUUGCAAAAGUGUCUGAGGGAAAUGGUUACAGCUCUGAAAAGUCUGUUUCUCAUAGGAACAAAAACUGUGGAGAUGGUAAAAGAAUUAGCUUGUCAAAAUGGAAAGACCUUCAAAUUCCAUCUGUUGCAUCUGAGGGAAUGGAUUCAAAAGGUCAUGAGAGAACAGGAAGAAGGGAGGCCCAGCCUGUGAGGUCUGAUUCACCACAUGUGGAAAGAAAUGAAGGCUUGUGUAAUGCCGAAAUUGAAGGCGACAGAGAUAAUAAAGUCAGCCACUUUAUUGAAGAUUCUGAGAAAUCUAGAAAUGCUGACAGUGCAUUGCCAUUGGGAAGAAAAAGGCUUCACAGCACAUUAUCUUAUGAGAAUGCUGACAUGCAGUUAGAACCAAGUCAGAAGCACCAGAGGAAAACCAGGCAGAAUGGGAGUGCUGAUGUGGAAGGAGUCACUUCUGACUGCCUGCUUACAGUGCAAAUGCCAAACUCAGAUGAUUGUGACCCAUCAUCACUCAAUCCCACCUCAGGAUGUGAAGAACUGCCUGUGGGUUGCAAAGAUCAAGAAUAUGAAAAUCCUGAAGUUUCAAUUUCAAAGACACCAGAAGUUUCUAAGGACACAUCUACAGUACUAUGUCCUCGUAUUCUUGAAAAUAGAGAUUCACAUGGAUCAGAAAAUUAUUCGCUUCUUGGAGAUGGUAUUUUGCUGUACAGUUCAAAUUUUCAUAAAAUGCUGAAAAAACAAGAAAAAGUAGGAGACCAAGUGAUCUUCGAGGCUGAAGAACCAUCAAAGGAGAUUACUACGUCUACAAUGGAACAAACUGCUGAUGAUGGUGGCAAAAUUAAAGAGCAGGAUAGAUGCAACCGAGAUGGUGAUGAUGAAGUUGAGGAUGAGGAUGAGGAUAGGUUAUCUACGAAAGAGAAAUUAUGGAAAUUUAUCAUUACCUGAGCAUGUAGAUUACUUGUGUCAUAGAUGUUAGAGUUCAUUACAGCUGCAUACUGAUAUCUUAAUGCUUCUUGUAUAGCUGUUGCUUUUGCUUAGCUUUUUUUUUUUUUUUUCUAUAACUAAACCAUCCAUAGGAGAAUUCAGAAUCAUCUGGCUUCUAAUGUGGCAUUGGUUGUGGCACAGAAGAUUGAAGCACAUGCACUGGAUCUCUAAGCGGUACUUUCGUAAUCAGCGCAUGGUAUCCAUACUUUUUUUCUUUUGUUUUUUCCCUGCUUCAGCUCGAAACAUGUAAGGUGAUGUUUGUUAGCGUGCAGAAUCUGUAAGCAUGUUUCCACCUUCUUCACACAAUGUAAGGAAUGUAUUUGAGUGAUGAGUUAGUGCAUAGAAGUGUAUUUUGAAUGUUCUAUGUAUACGAGUUUGAUCUCCUUGUGUGGACCGUGAUUUUAGGGUAUAUAUAUCUCUGGCUGA